AUGACUUAGCAUCACAUUGAUGAGAAUUUAAAAGAUUUAGCAGUUCUCGAGACACUUGAAUACAUGUUUGACUGCAAAAUCCCACAAUAUAAAUAACAAGCUGCAUACGCAAUUGGAUAUCAAAACAAACCUAUAUCAUACCUACCUAAUUCUCUUAAUUUUGGCUCAGCAAAAUAUGAAGGAUUUGAGUAGCUGGCAGUUUAUCUAGUUUUCCUAUGGGCAGAUCUGACACUGUUUUACUAAGUUAAUUUUAUUCAGCUCCAUCAGCUUUAUCGAAAACUUAGAGUUGAGGGCUACAAGAUAGAGAAUCUACAGUUGAAUCAAAGCCUUACAGAUGAUCUGCAACAGAUAUAACUAAAUAUACCAAUUUUGACAGAAAUACCAAAACUAUUGGCUUCAAAUAUCAGGUUAAAAGACUGGGUGCUACAAAUCAGACAAAAUGAGCUAUAAAAGGCAAUGGCUGGGUGUGUGAUGCUGCAUUCUAUUAUAGAGGAUUAUAUAAUAAUGACUAAGAAAAAUGAUCCUGAUUCAUAAAAGCAAGUUACUAAGGUCAAAUAUCUAUAUUAGUACAUUCUACAUUUUAGAAGCAGAUAUUCUCAUGAAUUUAAGAAAUUGAUAAAGAAGACUGACUAAUAUAAUACAGAUGUAGAAUUAAUGAGAAGCUAAAUAAAUGAAAUGGCUUCAAAAUUGAGAGUCUGCAAAGAUCUAAUGGACAAAUUUGGCUUAAAAGUCCAACCUACCGACUAAGAAAAUAAAGUGAAAAGGAAAGUUGAUGAAAAUGAUAUUUAUUAAAAAGAGGAAUAAAAAGAUAGUGCAGAGAUUUAAGUAAUCAAGCUAGGUAAGUUAGCACCUGAUAUCUAAUGGUAUUCUUGGGCAGAUGAUGAACCAGAUAUUUCAAACUAGGACUCAUAAUCUAAUAAAUUUUAGAUGAAAAUUAGCUAAUUUGUAAACUAAAUUUGA